AUGGCGGAACAAGCCAAUCCAACGAACGCAGCCAGUAAAAAGAUACGGCAGCUUUCUGAGGAUGAAAAAAUUCACAUUAAAGAAGCUUUUGAUUUGUUGGAUACUGAUAAGGAUGGGUUCAUUGAUUAUUACGAGAUGAAGGCUGCCACUCGAGCCCUGGGCUUGGAAGCUAAAAAAGCACAAAUUUUGUCAAUUAUGCGAACUUACGAUCCGCCACAUGGGAAUAAAAUUGGCUAUGAAGAUUUCUACUACAUAAUAUCAGAUAAAAUGGCUAAGAGAAAUCCUUUGGAUGAACUAAAGUACGCGUUUACGCUCUUCACUGCUGAUACAAAUUCGAAUAAAAUAAGUUUAAAAAAUUUACAAGAAGUAAAUCAGAGAACUGGAAGUGGAUUAACGGACGAUGAAAUGCAAUCUAUGAUUGAAGAGUUUGACACUGAUCUUGACGGUUUAAUUGACGAAGCUGAGUUUAUGGAGAUCAUGACCAAAUCCGAAAAUUGGGCUUAA